AUCACCUCCACAGUGACCACGACUCGCCGACUACAGCGACGACAAGCCGAGUGCAAUAUUCAACGACACGACGGCUUCGAGCGGUACACAGUUGGGGAGCGCCGCUACCAGCGCUGCCGCUGCGAAACAUGGAGUGUCAUUCUUGCUUUACACCGUCUACUUGCCCCCCGGGAUCUACUUACCGACUAAAUAACAGUGUUUCCUUGGCGUUUUCCAGCCUUCUGAGGUGUUGGGAUUCACACAUGCCUCUCUCUCUCGGUGCCCAAGCUGUGUAUUAGCGUGAAAUGUCGUAUAUGAAGUCUGCUUAAAUAAAAUUUGGAGAGAAUUUCACCCAGACUUCUUGCACUAGCGGUCGCCGCCGCUAAACUCUCGCGUCAGGAGAAUGCUGCCGCUAGUGUGUAAAAAGUUUGGUUAUUUUCACAUCUGAUUCUAGUUUCUUCUUUGGUCUUGAGGCGAAAUUGAACUCGUUAAUUUCCGAUUGUAGUUUUAGCACUAUGGAAUCACUCGCAAGUAAUCCAAUGACGGUACUGGAUUUUUCAAAAGAGGAGCUGGGAAGUGACUAUGGAGCGGGAAAAGCGGCUGACUUGGUGGGCCUAGACUAGGACUCUGCCUCUCACCGCACACACACCCGUACUAGAGCAGACUGCUCGCAAGUGUCGGCAAUAACCCUUUCACUGCGAUACUGACCACCUAAAAACUAAGCCCACUCACCAAUCACUAGGCCUAUAUAUCCCCCAAUUCAGGCCUGUCUAAACCCCAAACCUCGCCGCUUAGUCUACCACCACCACCCUCCAUCUCCCCAAAUCAGAUACGCCUCCUAGAGAGAUGACCGCGGCCGCCGGGUUUACUGUGUUAUAUUUUUUCAGCCAGUUUACGUGGUUUACGUGGCUACCUUACACGCACGUCGGGAUGCUGGCCAUGUGGUCAUAUUUUUUUUAUUGAUCUUUUGUGCGCAUCGAAACAUCGUAGUCGAGGCUGGUGUGUACACAGUUGUUACUAAGUAGUUACCACUGGGAAGAAUUAUGUGAACAAUGAAUUCAAAUCUAAAUUCAAAUCCAAAUUAUGUGGACCCUCUUCUGCCCAAGUAUCAGGCAGACUCUGCGGCUAACCUGAUAAACUACAACGCACCUAGCAGAAGUCUAUACCCCUACGUAACUGUGGCCUCCCAUCAGCUGUCCUCCAACACGACGAGCAUGUCACCCUUCAGCGUGAUGACAGCCACCACAGACGGGGACAAGCAGUGCCGCUACUCUCAGACCGGGGCCACGGAUAUGUCCCAGUAUGGAUUCAGUCUGCAGAAUUGUGCCACCACCAGCAAUAUGGCCCAGUACCUUCACCAGAACAACGUCGCCAGUCAACUCAACUCCUGUAGUCAGCCUACCCCGACGCCUCAUAUUCCUGACAUUCCUCGAUACCCAUGGAUGUCCAUCACAGAAAACCAAUGGCGGGGUCUGACAGCCAAUUGGAACGGCCUGCCAUGGACGGCGAUGAUAGACUCGAUUAAUUCCUUGGCGUCAGGUCCAAACGGCUGCCCCCGUCGGCGAGGGAGGCAGACUUACACACGAUUCCAGACCUUGGAACUCGAGAAGGAGUUUCACUUCAACCAUUACCUUACCCGACGACGGAGGAUAGAGAUCGCCCACGCAUUAUGCCUAACAGAGAGACAGGUGAAAAUUUGGUUCCAAAACCGACGUAUGAAGCUGAAAAAGGAACUACGGGCGGUGAAAGAAAUCAACGAGCAGGUGCGACGAGAGAGGGAGGAGCAGGAUAAGCUCAAGCAACAACAGGAUGACAAGAAAACCAACAAGGAGCAACAACCGUCAACAGGCAGCAGCCAGCCAGCUUCAGCCUCCAACGCUUCCUCGUCAUCCUCGUCGUCUUCAACGGCAGGAGGAACCGGAGAUACAAAAGCCGCGACUUAACGUUAUGGUGUUUGCUACCCACAAGGGCGUGCUGCUGCUGCUUAUUUAAACAAAAAUCUCCACUUCACGCCCACCACAACCAAUGACUUGCACGCCCAACCAACCACUCUCACGUCCACACCUCCCGCAGACGCUCCGCCCACCAUCCCCAUUCCUCAUUCCUCUCAACACUCUGGAGGGCACGUCGAUGACACCUUGUUUACCCUACUUGACAACACCUUCAACGUGUGAGGUGUAAUCCUAAAUCAUUAUUUGCUUUUUAACAUGCUAAAAACAGUAAGCCAAAUGGUUCACAUAAUUGGCCAGUAAAUUUUGAAGGAUUUCGAGCGAAAAUCCAAAUUAUGGAAUCAAAGCUCCUCUAUUUCACUGGCGAAUGGUUGCGAUAGAGAAUUAUAAAUGCAAAUCUUCACCUCAUCUGAGCAAUCUUACGCCAGGUAGUAGUGGUUGUAGAGUCCCUGGACCCCCCAGAGAGCGAGAGAGUUGAGGUACGGGGUGUGGACAUGACCAAACGGCACUUCAGGAGCUGGGCCACCUGGUUUCUCGUGUGCUCGACUUAUAACUAGAGCUCGUAUAAACCUCUACCACCAACUUCAAACAGUGAACGAAGAUGUUCCAUUUUUUCCUAAAGCAUAAUAAACCCAACACCGGUAAACUGUUCCAAAUACAAUAGACAACCACCAGUUACAAUUCAAUAUGAGAUCCGCAUAGGCUAUUCUAUGCUAGAUACUGCGACCAUAUGGAAAGAGUUGCUUCAAUUUUCCUGUGCAACAAUUCCUCUAACUCACAGCUGGUAUUCCGAGAAGCAAACCAAACAGACUUUUGACUCCUCCAAAACUAGACCCCCAAAAACUUAAUAACAUACAACAUCUCCACGACGUGGUUUCUCACUAGAUUCAUUCUCAUGGCGUACUCUUAGGCUGUUGAAAGCGAAUUUUCAAGCUAUUUUUAACUUUGCUGAGACGCUACACACUGUGGACGUCUGUUUGCAAGUGUUUUAAGCUCUGUGAAUGAACAGUCUGACGAGUGUUGACUAACAAGUCCUCCACCUAAGAGCAAAGUAGUCGAACUCAUUAUCUAAUCCAACAGGGAUCAUAGAAGCCUUAAGUACACGAUACGGAUGCAAGAGGCCAAACUAUGAUAGUGGAAGAUUCGUAUGCUCACAUGUAUGAAUUAGUGAAUGAUUUUGUUGAGAGCCUAACUAGAUUGUUAUAUCGUAAGAGUGUUCUACAACACACCAAUGACCACAAUUCUAAACUAAAGAAUAUGGUCCCUAAGUCCCGAUUCUAGAGAAUAAUAUUUCCCUCCCAUUCAUUAUUUUGUAAGUAAUUCCAUGUUAGCUAAAUGUUAUUUUAAUCAGUAUAGUUAUGUUUCUUAAAUUUUUGUAAAGUAGAUAUUAACCAAGGAUUCCAGCUUUAAGUUCCUGAAAAGAUAAAAUGCUGUAGUUUUCUCGACUUGUUUGAUGGAUUAAGAAGACUGUAGUGGUGCAGUGGCUGAGUGUUGUUACAUUAUUGUAAAUGGAUUAUAUUUAUUUCUAUUAAUUGUUAUGUUUGUCUUGAGAAUCGAUAUAGGGUUGACUGCCACACCGGGUAUAUAGAUGGGUGGUGUGCUUGUGACCUUGUCUGUUGACUGCCAAGCCUAGUAUAUGCAAGGGUGGAAUACUUGUACCCUUGUUCCAUGUGUACUUGUCGCCCCCACAUAUGCUAUGGCUCAGUACAAAGCAGGAGAAUUUUGUAUUGAAACUCUCUGUAACCUUCUAGCCAUUCUUACUGUUGACAGUUGUUAUUAUUUAGUAAAGGAUGUGAAUUGGUUUCAGAUGAAAACUUCCACUUGGCUCAAGGCGUCACGUGCAAAGGCAGAGAGUUUCAAAUAACACAACAACGCAUGUGGAAGUGCUAGUGCAAUAGCCAAUAUGCUAAAUUAGAGCUUUAAAGGUGGAUAAAUAUUAUUUUGAAAGCUAUGAACUUUUAGGCUAAGAGAAAGAAAAGGGCUAGAGCGGGUUCUUUUUAUAAAUCCGUUCUCGGAUACCUCUCACCUCCGAAUUAUCUUAAUUGUAAUGAUGUGUGUUCAUAAUGAUUGUUUACCUGAGGCAAAGGAGAUAGUGGUAGCCUUAGAAACACGAUGAAGGGGUCUUUGCAACCUGCAGGGCCACCUCCUCGUGUCUUUAAGGAUCCAAGAGGAUAAACCCACAUCCUCUUGUCAGCCAGAAGGCCAGGGUCUUUUGUAUAGUGUGUAAGUAGUUGGUUCUGCAAUUCCCUGGCUUUUCGUUACUAUAAAAUUUACAUAAAAAUAGACAAAAUCUGUAAUUGAAAAGUACAUAAAGUAGCCAAAAUGAGUAUCAGAAAGCUAGGGCAUUGGGCAGGUUAAAUGAAUUGAUAUGGGAUAAGAUCUCAGCUGGUAAACAGUGGACAUGAUUUCAUGGUUGAUUUUUUUUUAAUUAUUUUAGUCUAAUGUUCAAUAUUUUGUAGAUUGUGAUGAUUUCUUUGGGUACAGUUCAGCAAUUCGUUUUGCUUCAUUUGGGGUUAAUUUGCCCUUCGUAUUUUUCACCAUCUAUGAGACAUGUCCAGCUGUUGCAUAAUAUAUAAUGUAUUUAGGUACUGUUAUGAAAAAAAAUUGUGACGUUAUGUUGAUAAUUAUAAGUUAUUGAAUGGGAAAAAUAAUGAAAUUUGUUUUAUCGUGUAACUAGUAUUGGUUACGUUGAUCACAAAUACUGACAAUUCCUAAUUGAGGCCAAUUUUGACUCAUACUCUCACGAAAUAAAAGAAAGUUGCUGUAA